AUGGCACCUUUUCACAAUAGCCACCCUGCCACCAAGGCCUUGCAUGCCGACGAUCCCUUGAAUCUGGUGACUGAUGUCGCACCUCCAAUCCAUCUAUCUACAACCUUCAGAUAUUCCAAUGAUCCAGAGCAACUCAUUCCAUCGGAAGAUCCCGUGGAUGAAUUCAACGGCAAGAACUAUGUUUACUCCCGCGAAUUCGCUCCAAAUGCAACUCGCUUUGAGGCCGUGCUCUCCUCCUUAUUGGGCGGGAACGCAGUGAGCUACUCCACCGGACUGGCUGCACUGCACGCCGCAAUUAUUCUGCUGAACCCGCGCCGAAUCUCUGUCGGCGAGGGGUACCACGGCAGUCAUGAAGUCAUCGCGGUAGUAUCGCGUCUUUCCGGACUACAGAAACUCGCCCUCAACUGUCCUGCUGAAAGUCUAGAAGCUGGCGAUGUCAUCCUGCUAGAGACCCCUGUCAAUCCCCUGGGGACGGCAUUCAGCAUCGAGGAAUACGCCCGCAAAGCCCACUCCCGCGGCGCAUUUCUUAUUGUCGACAGUACCUUUGCACCGCCUGGCUUGCAAGAUCCGUUCCUCUGGGGCGCGGAUCUCGUUAUGCAUUCCGGCUCCAAGUAUUUCGGUGGACAUAGCGAUCUCCUAUGCGGUGUGCUUGCUACGAAGCGUGCAGACUGGACGAAGCAAUUGUUCGAGGAUAGAAUCGCCCUUGGAAGUGUUAUGGGAAAUAUGGAAAGCUGGCUCGGAGUUCGGAGUUUGCGUACAUUGGAGGUACGGGUUCAGAGGGCUAGCCAGAAUUCGGCUAGAUUAAUCUCUUGGCUUCACAGGGCUAUGCAAGCAUCAUCUCCUGCUGUGAAUAGUGACGAAAUGGUCGUUCAGUCGGUGGUGCAGAAGAUCUACCAUGCUAGUCUCCAGAUCGAGCCGUGGUUGCACAAACAGAUGCCCAAUGGCUUUGGACCGGUCUUCUCGAUCGUGUUGCACACGGAAGACUUUGCAAAAGUCUUGCCAACCAAGCUUCAGUUCUUCCAGCAUGCCACUAGUUUGGGUGGCGUUGAGUCUUUGAUUGAGUGGCGGGCACUGUCGGAUUCCAAGGUUGAUCGUAAGCUGCUGAGAGUCAGCAUUGGGUUGGAAAAUUGGGAGGAUCUCAAGGAUGACUUGCUCCGGGCUUUUAAGUCGCUUUUAGGAUUGUAA